AUGGGUUUCGCGAGCAGCACUUCAAAUCAAUGCGCCAUUUUAAUCUCACUAUUUUAUGUAGGAUUAUUUAUAUCAGCUCUUAGAUCAGCUGAAGCCUCAAUUCACAUCUACGAUCGGGAUCCAGUCAGAGAAGUUGGUACUGCUUAUUUACUCUCCGGCGGCAGUGAAGGCGUCACCGCUCCUGCUCCCCGCAGCCAUGCCGGUCGCUCUUACAUUCGAUUCGAGAACAUCACAUUUUGGAGGAGUAAAGAAGCUGCUGAUCAGCACCCAAAUAUGGCUUACAGCAGUGGGUUGGUUCAAGUUAUAAUAUUUGAGGCUGCUGACCGCGAUAAUAUUGGCGGAUCUGCUUAUGGUGGACAGAGGUCUAUUUGUUGCACCUCUGAUCUUGCCAAGCUGGAAGGUUGCAAACAAGGAGAAGUCAUCAGAACAUCUUCGCCAACUGAUAAUAACUGGCCAGUUGUUGUGAAUGUUCAUUUUAGAGAAACUCAAAGGCAUGAGGGUGACGGGGAGGACAGUGUGGAAAAAUCCUGA